AUGCUCAAUUAUUUAUUAAAAAAUAAUUAUCGUCGGUCAAAGACUUUACACAUUUGUCAUUCUUAUUUUUCAAUUCAAAAUGUGAAUAGAACAAUUUCAAGAACUUUAAAGUCUGUGGCUUUCAAGCCUUUACAAAUUGUCAAUUUUUGUGUAUUGCGUUGCUACAGAGGAUUUUUAAGGAUGCGAGCAUUGGUAAAUAUAUUUUAUUUUGUAAUUGGAGGUUUCCAAUUUUGGAGGGCCCGGUAUUAUGCUUAAUGUUACCUUUUUGGUCUAUUCCAGGGAUGUAACGGGGUGAAAAAAUGUUGGUUUUUGGAUUAGGGGUUUCGGACCAAUACGCCAAUGAAAGUCCAAUGUACAAUAAAAAAUUGCCAGUAGCAAAUUGGGUAAGGUAGGUCGAUUUCGGUAAGGUAGGUCGAUUUCGGAGGGCAGCUAGCAUGGGGUCUGCGCCAUAAUUUUGGCGUUUACUUAGGUGUUCCGAACUCAAAAUUUUUUUCCAUUUAUCUUUUUGGACGGUCAUAGUCAA